AUGGUAAAUGAAAAAAUGGCUGAGUUGCCUCCAGCCACAUCGCUGAAUGAUCUUUUAUCGCAACUGAUGAACAUCUCGGAACAAACGCUUGACGAUCAUACCCAACAGAGAAAACAACAGUUACAAACGCAUCGAAUGAAAAGUGCUUUGUUCGAGGUGCUGUGUGAGAUUAAGGAAAAAACUGCUCUGUCGAUACGUGGCGGCCAGGAAGAAACACCAGAAGAUCCACAAUUAAUGCGAUUAGAUAAUAUGCUGGUGAAUUUGCUUGUAGCUGAAGGUGUUGCUGGACCAGAUAAAGGUGGUGCGAUCCAAGGAGGUGGCGGUGACGCGAGUGGCGGAGAUCAGGCCGACUAUCGUCAGAAAUUGACACAAAUACGAAUUGUUUAUAACGAGGAAUUGCGUAAAUAUGAAGAGGCAUGCCAAGAGUUUACACAGCACGUUGUUUCACUGUUACGAGAACAAAGCCGUACAAGGCCGAUUGCCAACAAAGAAAUCGAACGCAUGGUGGCCAUCAUUCAAAAGAAAUUCUCUGGCAUACAAGUGCAGUUAAAGCAGUCAACUUGCGAAGCGGUAAUGAUAUUGCGAUCUCGCUUCCUUGACGCAAGGCGGAAGCGACGUAACUUCAGUAAGCAAGCCACAGAAGUGCUGAAUGAAUACUUCUAUUCACAUUUGAGUAAUCCGUAUCCAUCUGAAGAAGCCAAAGAGGAAUUGGCAAGACAAUGCCAGAUCACUGUCUCACAGGUUUCCAAUUGGUUCGGUAACAAACGAAUUCGUUACAAGAAAAAUAUUGCAAAAGCACAGGAAGAAGCGAAUAUGUAUGCGGCGAAGAAAGCAGCUCAUGCUGCAAAUCAGUAUGGAAUGUUGGCGGCCGGUUCAUCGGCAGCUGGUGGUAUGUUGAAUUAUCCGGCGAUGUUACCCGGACAGGAAUUGGCGCAUCACAUGAGUGCGGGGCUUGAUUUUGCAUCUAGUUAUAAUCCACAAUUGGUAUGGUGUUUUUGA